AAAAAUAGUCGCAAUGGUGAUUGCAAAAACAUUGCAAAAAGCGUUCUAUUACGAUGGGUGAAGGUUGGAAAAUAGUUCUGAUAACACAGGUAUAUAAAGUCUUUUGCAGGUGCACAGAAUAUCAUUCGGGAUUAUACAUUGAAAGCAAACGAAAUACAAUGUCUACCAAAACUAUCCUCUUUGUCUGCGCCAACGCUCUCUUCCUUCAGAGUGCAUUCAGUCAGUGCCUCGGUCGUGCAGCUAUCGCUGCCCCUGCCUUACCCUGCCCUGCUGUUGUUGCACCGAGCUGUGCUGGUAACGGUGUGAUUGCUAAUGGAUGGAUCGGUAACGGUCUGAUCGGUACCGAAUGGAUCGGAAACGGUCUGAUCGGCAAUGGAUUGGAAAUCGUCCCCACCAGUGGCGGUGGACUGGCUGUGAGCAGCAGCUCUAGCAUCGCUCCCAGCGGGCUCUCCCUAGCGUCUGAGAAUGUGUUUGAGGGUGCUCUGUCCGUGGCUGGUGAGCUGCCGUUCGUGAGUGCUGUGGCUCUGGAGGGCGCGCUGCCCAGUGCUGGUGCUGGCGCCGUCAGCUACAGCUGCGGUAACGGUGUCACUGCUAUCGAGAGCAUCGCUCCUUCUGCUGCUGCUGCUAUUGCUCCUGCGGUAGCAGCUGCAGCUCCUGCUGCUGCUUAUGGCGCUGCAGCACGCUAUGGUCUCGGUGGCUAUGGACUGGGUGCUGCUGGUUUCGCUCCAAACCUUGUGUACCCUGGUAUCGUUGGUCGGGAGUGUGGAUGUGCUUAAGUUCCAUAUAAAAUAUAAAUGGUGAUUUGGAAAUAAAAUUUUAAUGCAAUAAUUUUGAAUAUAAUUUCG